CGCGUCUGUUAACCGUGUCGCUCGCAGUUCACGGGUGUUUCGUCGUCGGUGCCGGAGAUUUCGGCCGUCCGUCGCCACAGUAUACAUUAAUAAUAUUCAAUCGUACGGUGACCGAUCGUAUAUUAAAUCAAUUGUAUAAAAUCGUGUAGGGAUACGUGUGAAACGCGCGAAACAUUCAAACGGACGUCGUCCCAGUUUCAUCGGUCGGUCGGUCGUUACUUGUAUACGCGGCGAACGCGUUCCUACGUUCAGACCAGACGGCGUUCGGCAGCAGCUGCUGGCCCUGGCCGUCGGGCGGCGGUGAUAACGCGGCGGCGGCGGCGGCUACGACGGCGAUCACAACAAUACGACAUGAAUCAGUUGUUGUGCAUUGGUGACCCGAGUCAGAACGUCAUGGCCGAGAGCAAGGGAUCCCUUAUCGCCAAAUCCGUGUCCAAGCACGCUGGAAGGGCUAAAGAAAAGUUUCUUCAAAACUUGGGAAAAGUCGAUCGGACUGAAGAUGAAAUUUUUAAUGAGCACUUACAAAAUUUCUCAAAACAGCAAAAUACGGCAAAUAAAUUACAAAAAGAAUUUAACAACUAUAUUCGAUGCGUUAGAGCUGUGCAAGUGGCGAGUAAAAGUCUGAUGGAUACGUUGAACGAGAUGUACGAAAGUCAAUGGGUUGGUCACGAUCACAUGUGUACCGAUUCAAACAAUUUGGACAUGCUGUGGAGCGAUUAUACACACAAGUUGGCCGAUCAAGUGCUUAUACCGUUGAACACGUACCAAGCCCAAUUUGCUGAAACACGGAAAAAAAUUGACAAACGAAACCGGAAACUGGUUGAUUACGACAGCCAAAGGCACAGUAACCAAUUGGCUAAUAAUAACGGCGUUGGGGCAGCCGGCAAGAAAAAAGAUGAAGCAAAAAUGAUGAAAGCUAAAGAACAGUUUGAUGAAGUUAAACGAAAGUUCGACCUAAUAAACACGGAGCUGCACGACGAAUUGCCUGCUUUGUACAAUUCUAGGGUACUAUUUUUGAUCACAAAUCUGCAACCAUACUUUGCCGCUGAACAAUUAUUUCAUAGCGAAUCAUCUAAGGUGUUUUCUGAAAUGGAAUCAAUCGUUGACAAAUUAGCCACGGAUUAUCAACACCAGUCGAAGAUGCUGAAUUAUUUCUUAGGAAACAAAAAGCCCUCAAACAAUGUCGCCAACAACAUUCAAUCUGCAUCACAGUCGCCCGUGUCUCCGAUAUCCAUGAAUGAAGAAGACGUUGCGAAAUCCCCGCCUUCGUCACCCGCAUCCCCUCAAAACACUGCAUUCGUAAGUAGUAAAUCACCGUCAUCGCAGCCCGACAGCAGUAACAACGAAGUGUCAUCGGUGACAUCAAAAACACCGUUAGAAGACGAACUGGCGUCUUCGUCACCACCGCUGCAGCAACAGCAACAACAACAACAACAGCAACAACCUUUAGUUAACGGCAAGAGCAGUUCAUCGCCUGUCAACGGUGUUGCGCCAGUCAGGCACGAGAAUGGCACUAACAAAAACAUCGAGAUCGAUAUACCGCCAGGAGCUACUACGGACAACUUGCCACCCGGAGUGUUGUACAGAGUGGUCGCAACUUACAAGUAUGAUGCUGAAGACACGGACGAGCUAUCGUUCGAGAAGGGCGAGAUCAUCAGUGUAGUACCUUACGACGAUCCAGAAACUCAGGCAAAGGGCUGGUUGAUUGGUAUCAAAGAAAACACAGGAGAGAAGAAAAUGUUCCCUGCCAAUUUUACCAGACCCUUGUGAGUGCCGCACCGUCGUAAGCGCCAGGAGAUCAUGACAAGACCUAGAAUCUUUAAGUACAGUUUCUGGAUGUUUGUGAUUCUAUUUUAUGUUUUUAUGUCUUUGUUUAUCUAUACAAAUGAGAUUUAAAGUUGGGUUUUGACCGACCGUCACGAAACGCGCUGCAACGACUAGUUCUUAUGACAAAAUUAUUUUAUAAACUAAAAACCACCCUUAAGUUUUUGAAUGUUUAUUUUUUUUACGCUCCGUGAACGUCAAGUUUAGAAAACAUUAUCACAAUUAUCCGUGCUGAUAAUAACAUGAAUUUGACUGAUUGAGAAAUCGUUACGAAUUUAAUAGGUUCAUUUAAAAUUUUAUUUUUAGUGUGAUUAUAUUGAACCUUGAAAGAAUACUCAUUAAUUAAUUAAUGUGUAACAAGUGCCUUUAAAUUUUUAUACUAAGUGUUUACACCUAUGUGAGGUAAUACAUUUUUUUGUGCCAUUUGAAAGCAUAUUAAAGCUUCUAUUUGGCUACUAUUUUUAAUCUUACUCCUACAAUUAUUCAGCUAUGGUACCUUUUACCUUAAAUGUAUAACCGUAUAAUAAUUACAUUUUGCUCGUAUUAUGCGUUUACUACUUUUAUUUUUUAUGUGUUGUUAUAUUGUUGUAUUUGUGUGUUAAAUGUUUUUUCUACUUUUAGUGAGUGAUUUGUAAAGGUUCAAUCAUUUUAGUUUACAUUUCAAAUAUUUACCCCGUCCCCUAUACCCGCUCUGAUAGUCAGUAAAUGUAUAUAAAUCUAGUUUAGAUUAUAAAUUAUUAUUGUCUAAGUAAUAUCUGUAUUUAUUAUUAUUUAAAUUAACUUUGAUAGAUACUAAAUUUAUUAUAUAAAUCAAUGUAUUAUUUAGAUGUAAAUUUAUUUUGCCCUUAAUGUUUUGCUUUAGGCAUUUUAACAUUUGAGAUUCAGUAUUGCUAUUGAAAAAAAAAUGAUAUGCAUAAUAUUAUAAAUUAACAAAAAUAAUUACUGGAAUCAGUAGUCUUUUAUUAGAUAAAUUUCGCUUAUUGUGUAUUUAAAUACUGUUCUUUACAUUUGAAAAUAACCAUUAAGAAUACUAUUGCAUUUAUUUAUUUUUUGUAUUGACUUUGGAUCAUUCAUUUGUUUUUAAAUGCCUUCAACCAAAUAACAUCGGCAUUAUUAAUAUGAUAUAUAGUUAUGUAUUAUAAAUGCAAUUUUUUAGGGAGGGGGGGAUGUUAGUAGGCAAUAGUCUAUUGCUAUGGUAAGAUAAUGGAUGUUCUAGAUAUCAAUUUUUUUUAUGCAUUAAACAAUGAGUAUUAAUAAAUAAAAAGAAAAAUUAGACCUUCAAUUUGUUUUAUUUCAUCAAGAUUCAAUAAUGCAUUUAUUCAGUUUUAGAUAAAAUGCUUUUUUGUCUAAAAUUUAUAGAAUAUACCUAAUAUUAAAUUAAAAACGGACAAAUUGAAUAACUAUGAUCAAAAUUUGUUUUUAUUAGUUGUCCAUAAUACUUGGAACUAUGGCGUGUCGACAUUUUGAUUUUGUCCAGUACCUCUUUAAUAGAUCAUAUAUAUCUAUUUAUAUAUAUAUAAUGGAAGGAGUAGUUAAUUCACUAUUAUUGUACUUUAUGAGUUAUUCUAUAUUUAUACACAAAUGCCAAAAAUAAAUAGUUGGAGAUAAUUACUAAUUAUAGUUGACAAAUUAUCCAUGGAUGUAAAUUCAUUAGCAUUUUAUUGUUUAUUUUUUUUUAUGACUAAUAUUUUUGUAAUCAUAACACCUAAACACCUAAUUCUUAACAAUUCUAGAUCUAGUUUAUAAAUUGUAUAAGUUUAUUAGUUCAUUCGUUGUACAAGUGAUUGUUACGUCCUAAUUAAAAAUUAUAUGUAACUAAAAUUUAAAUAUUGUUCCAAGCUGAUACGUUUAUUACAAUAAAAUGAUAAUUUUUGUCUCAUUUUAAAUUAAAAA